AUGGAUGACAUCAAGCUGUAUGCCAAAAGUAAACAAGACUCUGAAUCACUGAUCCAAGCCACCAGGAUCUACAGCAAGGACACUGGAAUGUCAUUCCUAUUGGAGAAGUGUAGUCAGACGUACGCAGGUGUGUGCGGCCUCAGAGCUCUAAUGCGCAUGGAAUUUUCUCCGAAGAGCUGCCACAGUCAGAUAGAACAAGAUUUCCGACUCCUGUUUUGUGAGGUCACUGCGAGCAAAUUCUUGGAGAGGUGGCCCACCAAUCUCAAAGCAAAGGUUGUAAAGGAAAGUCAUGGACUUGUCCCCACCUCAGAGCUCUUGGAGUUAAUGUGCAAUGCUGAGUCAGGUACUGAAGUUGAGAAUGGCUGGGACAGUGACUUGUCUACUAUCUUGCUGCUGCUACAUCUGCUACCACCAUCUGCACAAGGGCGAAAGAGACCAGGAAAGAUGUCUGCAUCUCAAGCUGUCAAUAACCUCAUCAAAUUCCCAAAGGCUGGAACCAGUGUACAGCAGCAUCUAGACAACAUCACCCGAAGCAGUCAGCCCUACCUUCUUACUCAGGGAUCCACAAGAAGCAGCAUUCACACCUUCAUUGUGAUUGAGAAGCAUGCACUUCCAUGUAAAGCGACAGGUUCAGUAGGAGCCCUUGAUGAACUCUUUAGGGCCCAUUAUGUCUUUGGUACAUCAUACAGUUCAUCCCUGACCAACUUUUUUACUUUUCUGCAAACAACUACGACAUUGGGGAAAUGUCAUAUUGCUUUCUCUAGUGAGCAUCAUAGAACUGUGAAUUGUAAAGGUUUGUUACGUUAAUUAAAUGACACUGAAAUG